UUUCCGUCAAUGAAUCUAAAACAAGGAUAACGCAGAGUGUUUUAUGCUUUAAAUGAAAUCCAGGUGUCGAACCAGGAAGCAGGAUAAUGAUGUAAUAUAAAUGACACGUUUUCAAAGCGUUGGAACUAAAGUAAUUUUGUCUGCGUCCGUAUAUUUUAUUCAAAGUAAAGGAGGAUUUACAGCGUUUUUAAAAAGACAGAUAUGAAUGUGACUGGUUGUGUCGUAUUAAUUACAAUUUUGUUCAUAUGUAACAGUUGCAUGUGCUGUAAAAGAAAAAGACGAGAAAACAAGAGCACGAGAAGAAGUGGACAAAAGUCAUAUCUAGAAAUUUUAGAAAUUUUGAAAGAAGAAGAAAGAAUGAGAAAACACCCCUACAAUAGAUACUGCCCAUCUCAUUCUAAGUGUAGUGUUGGUAAAAGAAGCAUUCAGGAUGAUGAGACGGACUUCUUUGGAGAUCCCUGUGACUUUAACACUUAUGACAUCGAUGAAAAUGGAGAAAUAUCAUUGGAUGAACUGUUGGCUAUUUCUGGAAAUAACGAUGAAAGCAAACGUCUCUUUCUGAGUUUAAAUAAUGGAAAAGAAGACGGGGUCAUUACCUUAAGUGAGUUCACUGAAGCUGCACCAAAGUACAUUAAAGAGUGUAUUGAAUCUGAUAAGAAGAACUGAAUUAGAAAUUAUAAGUUUUCAUUCCACGUGUGAUUGUCAUUCACUGAGAAAAAGUUGUUUGCUGUCGCUCUUGGUGCAUGUUACUAUUUAUUAAGGGUCCUUCCUUUAUUGUAUUCGGCAUAAUUUUAUGAUAUGUGACUUCAAAAUACCAUAACGAUAUGUUCAAGACCUGCCAAGCAUAUUUUGCUGAUUUAUUUUUCCUUACGACCUUAUCCUUAUUGGUUCAAUUGUUUAAAAAUUACCCUACUUGAUUUAUAUGAUUUAUAUGUCGUAAGUAAAAUGCGAGUAUAUUAAUGCCACUCUUCCAUAGAUAUACACGACUAUACACCCAUUAUACAAUGUGAUAAGAAACAGAAAGUAUUACAUACUUUUAUUUAUUUCGUAUACUCAUUUCAUAUCAACAUCGGUAAUUUACGAUGGUCUUUCAAAUGGUAGUACAAAUACUAGAAAACAUUUUCUUCGUCACCUGCUGAUUUGCAGCCAGGCUUUAUUGCUUAUCAAAGACUAACUCAACAUUUUCAACUUCCCUACAAUAACAUGAAAUCAUGUAUAAUAUAAUGUUAUAAUAUAUUUGGAAUAAACUUUGUAUUUUGCUUUGUCCUGAAGAAAAGUUUAUAUUACACUUUUCGUAUAAUUAUGUAAUAAUCUAUUACGUUUAUGUUGUUUUUAUUUGUUAUGAUUUUGACAUAUAUAGAUACAAAGCUAUAAUUCAGAAUUACCAACUUAUUUUGGAAUUAAUAUUUCGUUAAUUUAA